AUGACGACUCCUACCAACAUUGAUCCCAAGGAUAUUCAAGCAUACUGGGCUAAAUACCAAGAUGACAAGUAUGUUGAGGGCUGGGCCUCCCUCUGGGACAAAGGUAAUCUACCCUGGGAUCGUGGCUUCCCCAACCCCGCGCUAGAAGACACCCUGGUCCAACGAACAGGCACCAUUGGCGGGCCCAUCGCCCAGGACGGUCAGAGGCGGAAGGCCCUGGUACCGGGCUGUGGACGUGGAGUCGAUGUACUCCUUACUGGCGAGCUUUGGAAUGAGGAGAAGGAGAACCAUAGCCGGUACCGCGUGCGAGAUGAGAAAGUCGGAAAAGGGAAGAUCACUUUCGUCCAGGGGGAUUUCUUUGAUGAUACCUGGUUGAAGGAAAUUGGAGUACCUCGAAAUGGAUUUGAUAUUAUUUAUGAUUACACGUUUUUCUGUGCUCUGAACCCAGAGCUCCGUCCGAAAUGGGCUCUCCGACACACCGAGCUCCUUUCUCCCUCACCUGCAGGCUAUCUGAUCUGUCUGGAAUCUCCGCGUCAUAAGAACCCCUUGGCCCCCGGCCCUCCAUUUGCCUCUCCCUCCGAGGCCUACAUGGAGCACCUGAGCCACCCCGGUGAGAAGAUCUCCUACAACGAUAAGGGUCUUGUCAAUGCGGACCCGUCGCGAGAGCCCAGCAAGACGGGCCUGGAGAGAGUUGCGCACUGGCAGCCAGAGCGCACGCACACUGUGGGCCAGGGUGAGAAUGGGGUGAUCCAUGACAGAGUCUCUAUUUGGCGUCGACGUGACUAG